AUGUUGCUACGCUACCUGCUCAUCUACACUCUGAUGAUGUCAACCUGUGCACUGGCAACGAACAACCCCUCAACCUCAUCAGUCUGCAAAAUUCCGCCUGCCACUAACAGCAGCAGAGUUAUACUGCAGCAUGGAGUUAGAACCCGCUAUGGAGUGGAACAACUAAAUGGCUUGCACAUGAACGUGGGAUUCUACAGCCCGCGAUUUUUGCCAGACGAUACUUUACGUCUGUGUUCGAAAACGUUGUUAGUGGACUUGAGCAAGUACCUGAAUUUUACGUUUACCCUUCAUAUUCGACAUACGACGCAGGACGAAUUGACAGCAAUGAAGAAUGGAUCGUUGGACCUAGACAUUUCGAUGUUCAUCAGAACCCGCCAUCGUGCGCACAGCAUGCAAUUCCUUAGACCACUGAUUGAUAGUUACUAUGUGGUAAUUAUUAAAAGACCACGCGAGAAAAUUACCAUGUUUAACAUUCUCGAUCCAUUUGAUACCUAUAUCUGGCUAUGCAUGGUCGCAUAUUCACUUAUAACAGCAGCCACUAUGACGGCUAUCGAGAGAAUGUCACAAAGGAGCAAUGGUCUACAGGAAAAUGAAGAAACUGCGCAAGGAAUAUUUUAUCAUUUGGGCUACAUGUUUGGCUCAUUCCUACAGCAGGGUGGAGUUAGUUUGCCUCUCCAUCUUCCAUCUAGAAUAUUACUAUCUAUAUGGUGGUUCUUUGCUCUUUCUAUCUGCGCACUGUACACUGGUAAUCUGUUUAGCUUUCUUACAGUGAAGCCAACAAUUCAGUAUCCGUUUAGGACACUAAACGAGUUCGCCCAUCACCCAACGAUCAUCCCGACAGCCGUGGAAGGGUGGUCAAUAUUGGAUGAGAUGCAGCGACAACCUUCAGAAUCUGAUCUUGGGAAAAUGUGGCAGAAAAUGUCCGGAGAUAGGCGGGCGGUAGUCAGCAAUAUAGGCGCUGCGAUAGAACUAGUCGUCACGAGAAACUAUGGAUUUAUCAAAAAUGUAAUAGGCGCUGAGGAGAUUUUUCGUGCAGACUAUGAAUCAACUGGAACUUGCAGACUAGCUAUUGCGCCGUUAAAAAUUCCAGCAAACCGCAGGUCAUGGAUCGUACCACUUAACAGCACACACGCACACGCCAUCAACAUAGGUCUACAGUCGUACAUGGAAAGCGGUCUCUUCGAGCUGCUCCGCAAGCGGAUCCUUUCACACGGAAUACCCAAAUGCUCGCAGGAGAUGGGAACAGGAAUUCACGCACAGAGUCUUGACCUAGAAACAAUGUAUGGUAUAAUGCUUGUGCUAGCGAUAGGAUUACCCAUUUCUCUGGCUUUCUUCCUACUGGAGGUUAUCAUAGUGAAGUGGAAGAGAAACGCGGAGCGGUUAUGUUGCACUGGGCGUUCGUAG